AUGAGUGACUUGGACGACUGCGGCAGCCCUGGGGCCCUGGGCAGGUACCUCCCCGCGGCCUAUUAUGUCUCCCCCUCAGAUUUCCCCGGCAAGCCCCCGUUCCUGUCCCAGCCGCCUUCCUGUCAAAUGCCUUUCUCUUACGCCUCCGCCCUGCCCGGCCAGGUGCAACCGGUGGGCGAAGUGCACGCUGCCUUCCGGGACUACUCAGGAGGCGGAGGAAGCAGCAGCAAGUGGGUUUACCGAAGUGCCUACUCCCCGCCGAAGAAGAAAGCGGGGAACGAGAGCAACGCGGACUCCUCCGCGGGGGAGAAAUCACGGAAAAAGAGGUGUCCUUAUACCAAGUACCAGAUUAGAGUCCUGGAACGGGAAUUUUUCUUCAACGUGUACAUCAACAAAGAGAAAAGACUCCAGUUGUCCAGAAUGUUGAAUCUCACAGAUCGACAAGUCAAAAUUUGGUUCCAGAAUCGAAGGAUGAAAGAAAAGAAACUAAACCAAGACCAUAUGCAAUAUUUCACAGGAAACCCCUUGUUUUGAGAGGACAAGCGGGGACAGUGGGGAGGAAGGACUGGUCUC